AUGGCAGAUGGGAAAGGCGCUUUAGCAAAAUAUGUUCUCACAGAUGCCGAGAGCGAGAGCAUCUUUGCCGAGCAGAUCCUGCCUGCUGAACUCAGCCAUGUGCUGGACAGUGGCCAAGUUCCGGGCAGCGACUCGUCAUCCAAGGUCGCAGUCCUGCUCGUCGGCCAGACAGGUGCCGGCAAGACCCGCACAGCACCACUCCUACACCAGGCCAUGACCGCGAGGCACCCUUCACAACGUGGUCCUGCGCACCUGAUCGCUGACACGUACAAGACGUACCACCCUGCGUACGCAGAUCUCAUGCGUCACUCGCCCGCCCUCGCCUCUCCCGCGACGGGCCCCGACGCGCGCCGCUGGCUCGCGAUGGCCUGCAGCCGCGUCGCCACCGCCGGGGCCGACUGCCUUGUUGAGUCGGCAUGCCGCCACCCGGCAGACUUCCAGGACCUGGUGCGCAUCUUCAGAGCCGCUGGGUACGCGGUGCACAUCGUGCUGCUCGCCGUGCCCGAAGCCCUGAGCCGCCUGGGGAUCCUGGUCCGCUUCCACGGCGCGCUGCCAGAGGCACGGUCCCGGGGGCUGCCGCUGCGCCUCACUCCGAGACCUGUUCAUGACGCCACGUACGCGGGGCUGCUUGUCGCCGCGCGGUGGUUGGACGGCGAGGGCAGUGCGGCUGUCGAUCGGGUGGUGGUGCUGAGAAGGGGCGACCGGGUGGCGUACGAGCGUGAUGCUGGGAAUCAUGGAGGCGAUAGCCAGGUGGCUUCGGCUUUGUUGCUGGAAAGGCGACGGCCUCUCAGGGAAGAAGAAAACGCGCGGGCUAUCGAGGAUGUGAAAACGCUGGAGGAGCUAAGUCUGACGCUUGGUCAGGACCGAGGAAAAGAGAAGCAGUCAUUGGAAACGGAGCUGCGAGAUAUUAAGCAGCUGCUUCACGCCUUGGAUCCUGAAAACAAUGCAGCCCAGGCCGACGCUGCUGAAUUUCUGGAGCUCUUGCCUUUGAACUAUACCCGAUUUAUAAUAUCCAAAGGCACUAACGGGUAA